AAUCUACAUGCUUGAAGGCCGCUGAAAGGAAAUAAUACUGUUUAAAGAAUAUUAAUAUGUUAGAAUCAUGACAGUUCGACAUCCAACCUUAGCUUUUCCAGCCGAUUUGACGGGUGUAUGCGCAUCAUUGAACGACACUUUAGGAUGUUGCAGAAUUUGCAGCUGGUCUUCGAAAGAUAUGGACUUAAUGUGCUCGUCCCCUCUUAAUAGGCCCGUCAGGUGUGCUGACGAGGAGAGUGUAUAUCCGUCCUUUAUUAUUAGAAUAUGGUCUCGAUCUUCCAGAAGAUAUCUAAGUGUGCUAAAUCCUGGAGCAUUGGUUUAUGGUCGGAAUCCAUUUGGUGAAUCCGGACAAUUUCGAAUCAUUGUAUUAAGGGAAGAUAUUGUCAUACUACAGAGUACCGCCUGUUCAGACAACCAUUUAGCUAUAAGAAGUGGCCUUAUUGUUGGAAAUGGGGAAGGGGGAGAAGAUUGUGAAUGGUUCUUACGACAAAAUGAGAAUGGGUCUUGCUCUUUCGAAAAUGUUAUGUUUCCUGGAUGCUUUUUGGGGGUUCGAAAAAAUGGAAACGUGAUUAAUUUAGCGAUAAAUGUUGAAAAAGACUCUUUAGAAGCUAGCUUUGUUAUACAGUUAGCUGCAAUGGUUGUGCAGUGA